AUCUUAUUUUAUCCAAGGUUACUAAUGACUACGUUUGUAAUAUUUUCUUAUUUUUUCUUUAAAGGAAAAUCACCUUUUUUUACGGGGUUAGAGGAAAAUCAUCUUUUAGAAGAUGGCCAUUUGGAACAAAUUGUACCAUCAUUAAAUUCAUCGGUAUUUUGUGCACCUAAAUCUCCUGGAAACGAUUCAGGUGAAAGAUUCUCAAGAAAAGUCUUUGUUGGAGGGUUACCCCCUGACAUUGAUGAAGAUGAAAUUAAUGCAAGCUUUAGACGAUUUGGUCCUUUGGUUGUUGAUUGGCCUCACAAAGCAGAAAGUAAAUCCUAUUUUCCUCCAAAAGGCUAUGCAUUUCUGUUAUUUCAAGACGAAGCUUCUGUCCAAGCUCUAAUUGAUGCUUGCAUUCAAGAAGAUGACAAACUAUAUCUUUGUGUAUCCAGUCCUACCAUUAAAGAUAAACCGGUUCAGAUUCGCCCUUGGCGUUUAAGUGAUGCAGAUUUUGUACUAGAUGCAUCUAUGCCACUGGAUCCUCGAAAAACAGUGUUUGUUGGUGGAGUUCCUCGGCCAUUAAAAGCAGUUGAAUUAGCUAUGAUAAUGGAUCGUCUGUAUGGGGGUGUUUGUUAUGCUGGCAUUGAUACUGAUCCUGAACUGAAAUACCCUAAGGGCGCUGGACGUGUGGCAUUUUCAAAUCAACAGAGUUACAUUGCAGCAAUUAGUGCAAGGUUUGUCCAGCUGCAGCAUGGGGACAUUGAAAAAAGAGUGGAAGUAAAGCCAUAUGUUUUGGAUGAUCAGAUGUGUGAUGAAUGUCAAGGUUCCCGUUGUGGAGGCAAAUUUGCCCCUUUUUUUUGCGCCAAUGUCACCUGCUUGCAGUACUACUGUGAACAUUGCUGGGCUGCCAUACAUUCACGUCCUGGACGUGAAUUCCAUAAACCUCUGGUCAAGGAAGGCGCAGACCGCCCUCGGGCAGUACCUUUCCGGUGGUGUUAAUUCACUUCUGCAUUCUGUGUCGCUUCUUUAACAGCUAAAUAAUUUUUGUAAUUAUUUUUAGCUAGUGUCGAUUUCAAAAGUAUUCUUGACAGCUUGGUAUUAGACUGUUUCCAGAUGGAAUUUUUCCUACAUGUUUACAUUAUUGGAACAUAAUUAUUUUGAUGCUGCAGUGGUGCUGCAUGCCAUCAAAGAUAUUUGGCCAGUGUAUUCUUUAGGAGUAAUUCACUUUAUAUAGUUAUAUUUAAAUAUUUUCCCCCUUUUUCCAAAUAGCUGCCUUAGAAAUUUGGAUCUGAUUACCAUUUAGCUAGUCCCGUUUAUAUAUAGCACUAGUUUCUAAAUCCAGAUUUCUCAUCCUAUCUGAGCAAUAAUUAAAGCCUUACCUUUUAGAUACGUUUUUUAAACUGUAUGUUUAAUAGUGACAGAGGUAUCAUUUUUCUGAACCUAAUUUUUAUUCAUUGAUGCAAUUUUAUGAUGCCAAAUUCCUUUUCCCGGGCAAAGCAUUGCAUUUUAUACAGAAAUCAACUUUAAAAAAAUCUUAUUUAUUGUUUUAUUUCCUUAUAAUUAUCUAUUUAAACAGAUUCUGCUGAAUAUGUUUUAAUUGGGAUACGGGUGUUGGCAGCAAAACUAGUAGUCUUUCAAGUCUUUUAUAAAGAUAAUAUAGCCAUUAUUUAGAAAAUAUAUUUAUUUUAAUGUGAUGUAUAUGUAUGUAGCAGUGCAGCAAAAAAUUGCUUUAUGCUUUACCAAAGAACAUCAAAGCUCUAAAUAUUUAAUGUAUACUGCUGUACUAUGGCAGAGAAAAAUUUGCAUUCCACUGUAUACUUAAAAGUAUUUUUUAGAUGUGUGUUUUGGUGUGUACAUAUUGAAAGAAUGAGCAUGUAUAGUAUGAUGACUAAUUGUACAUGAAGGUGUCAAGAAAAUGAAUCGUAUUUAACUACUAUUCAGUACAGUGUUUAAUAUGUGGAUUUUUAUAAAUUACUGUUGUUGUUGUUAGACUCCUUACUGUGUAUUUUAGUAAAUAUGCAGUGUUGUAAUUACUUGCAAGACGUUUUUAUAGUAUUUUUGAUUUUGUUAUAUUUGUAGAAAGCUUUCUCUUUUUAUAUAUAUGUUUUAUAUAUUAUAUGCAGUUUUCUAGUCUCUAGUAUACAGUGGAAUGCACUGACAAGUCAUAAAGAUUAAAAUUCAAAAUUUUAAAGUAAAAUUUAAUUCCAAUAAGCACUUUCAUAUGUUUUACCUUCAAACCACAGUCCCAUAAUAUUAUUAUUAACUAUAAUAUUAAAUUGUAGUUAAAACUGUUUGCUCUUACCUUGGUUUAGACGUAAACUUUAAUAGAAUACCUAGUUCAUAAUAUCCAUCAAGUUAAUUGUACCUCAAUACUUUCCCCAGCAGUAUGCCAAAAUAUUUCAGUCGCCGUUAGCUGUUUUACAUUACUAAGUGGUGUAAACUGUUGUGCAAUUCAAUGUUAAGCUGUGAUUUGUGAUUUGUAGCAUUAUAGUUCAUGAUAUUGCAUAAAUCUUGAUGAAUUAAAAAAGUUCAUUUAUUUAAAUAUAGAUAUAUGAUAGAAGUAAUUUAUUUUUUUCUCAUGAUGUCUUUAUUCAGCGUGGAAAAUUUUUGCUUUUGUAUAGCACAGGUAUUAAAGUCAUAGUGUAUUUUUAAUAUAAUCCUUGCUGUAUAUAUUAUAAACCAAAGCAAAUUUUUGUGUCAGUGUUAUCCCUCAUCGGUUUUUAUAUGGGUUAGGGACAAUCAGAUUCAAAAUGUUGCUUGAGUGGAUAUCUAGUCAAAAACACUUGGCAAAUAUUUUUCAAUUUUAUUGUUAAAGAUAUUUAAAACUUUGAGCGAGAAAUAAAAGUAUGCUUAUUCAAAAUUUUGAAAUUAAUAUGGAUUUUCUAGUAUUCUUUAAGAGUGCUAGUAUUUAUUAUUUUUAAAAUAGAAUGUAAAUAAUUAUAUAUAUAUAUAUAUAUAAAUAUAUAUUUAAUAUAUAUAUACUCUUCUCUAUUAAAUUAUAUUUCAAAUUACUUCUGAAUCUAAAAUGUAACUGUACUUCUUUCCUAGACUGCAUUAUGUAUGCAAAUUAUAAAUAUUUUAUCAGAAAAUCUGAAAGCAUCAGCGAUGUAAUAUUGCUACACUUAUAUUAAUUGACACAUAUUCCUGUAAAUAAUUUUUAAUGAAAAUUCAUUUGUUAUUUUUAGUACCAAAAUUUACCAUUUCAUUAAUUUUUACAUUCUGCAAUACAGUAAUGUAUUUGAUUCAUAACUGUUAUUCAAAGAUCUCUGACUUUUAAUUAAUUUUACAUAACUUGUAAGUGUGAAGUGUUAGAAAAUAUUUUAUAGAUAGAAUCUUUAUGAAGGCAGGUGUAAAAUUUGCUUUCAUCCCAGUUGGGUAUACUUUUUCAUAGGAUAAAUUUCAGAUUUUUAGUAUUGAACUUGAAAUUUAAUAAUAGAUAAGUAGAUGAAUAGUUUUGAAUUAGGUGUGCUUUUACUUCCAAAGUAUCACUGUAUGAUAUUUGAGCUUUAAGUAACUAUUUUAACUAAUGAUAAUGAUAAUGCAGAUUGCUCAGAAAACAUUUUUCAAUAGUUAAAAUUCCAGUUUUUUAGAUGUUGCAUAGAAAUUUAUUCUUCUAAAUUUUAUUGCUAUUGAAAAUGACUGUUUUAAACCCAUUAUUCUGAUAUGGGUUUCAUACAUUACUCUUAUAUAGCAUUUAAUAUAUUGUCAAACAUCUUUCAGCAGCAUAUUACAGUGGAGAGUUAUGGUAGAGAAAAGAAUUAAUGGUACUGAAAAAUUAGUCAUAUCAGACAUCCAUGUUUGCAUUGCAAUGCAGUGUGCCACAUUUAAAUGUUCAAAUUAAUAUUGCGCAGAUUUUUUUAGGCAAAUUAUUUGAAACAAAACAAAAGACUUUUAAACCAUUGCAAGCAGAGAGAAUAGCUUUCAUUCCUUCUAUGUUAGAGGGUCAUCUGUGAAUUGCAUAUGUUUAUAAAAGAGUGUCUGUUUAAGUGAUAAAAAAUGAGAUAUGUAUAUUUUCAGAUAUGGUAUACAUAUAUGUGUGUUUAUUUAUUAUAAGAUUAUAUAGGAUAAUACCUAUACUUGUGUUGUUGAAAUUAUUUUUUGAUGUAAAUCAGUGUCAGAAGGAAUCUAUUUAUUAUGACUUAUUAAAGUGUAUAUUAACGUAUUUACACAGUUGAUGUAUGUAGAUAUUUCUCUUGCUACCACAGAGUUGUUAUUUUUUAUUCUAUUUUUGUCUCUGAGAUGUACAAAGUAUAUUUAUAUGCUGGGAAAGUGUCAAUGUGCAAUAAAAUGACAUUUAACUAAAAUAUUGAGACCUUAUUUUUUGUCAAAAGGUCUUUAUUUUAGAGUUUUCUAUAGAAUCUUUUGUAACUAAAAGAAUGAGUUAUUGCUUUUUUGUAACACAUGUCAUUUACAGAUGGCCCUUAAGAUACUUUAUGCUAGAACUAGCUCCAUUGAAGCUGCAAUUUAGGAAGGAUUUUUUGCAUCAAUAUUUGGACUAACAAAAAAAAUAUGCUAUUGAAACAUUAUUGUGCAUGGAUAGCAACAUGUCUAAAGCGUUCAACGAGUGUCACUGUAUGUUGACGUGUUAGACGUUUGCUCCAGUGCUAGUAUGUUUGUAUGGUUUUUAUGAAUGUUUUAAUGUGUGUGCAUUUGUUGUUUUUUAGCCAUGACUAUUAAAUCCAUUGAAUAAUCCUUUUUUAUUAUCCUUAUGUUUUUAACCCAGUGGUAAAGUUAAGAGGAAAAAAAGAGAGUGAGAGCUUUUUAAAACAUUUUAUUGUAUUAGAGAGUAAUACACCAGAAUAAUUAAUAUAUCUUUUAAUAAACCUUUGUAAAUUAAUGUUACAUUUUCUUAAGAUUUAUAAUGUUUCACAUUUUGUAUUUUUCUGACCAUGUAGUGGUUUUCUCUAAAUAUGCGUAUGUACAUGUGCAUAGUUUGAAAAGAUCUUGUUAGAGCACUUCUCUGUAUUGGAUGGGAUAAUUUUUAUUUUUGUGGACGGUGCUAUGUGUACUCUUUUCCUGCAGCCUAUAGCUUCCCUUUUUCGCUGAAGCACCCUUACUCGAGUUGAUAUUUUAGUAGAUUUUUGAACUCGAUUCAGAGUUGGACUGCAGAGAAAGAAAGAGAAGUGUUCUACAAAAAGAAGAAAGCAGGGACGGAUAGCCGCUCCUGACGGAGGUUGACAGCCUCCAUUCUCCUAUGUGGCUGUUGGUGAGGAAAAAAAAAAAAAGGCUCCAAGUACAAUUUCUUUGAUUUUUUGUAAUACUGCAAAAUAAGCAUGAAAGUGGAAAAGAAGGCAUGAAAUGUCUCCACUUGUCAUAAAUGUGUUCCUUUGUAAUUUUUGUAUCAUACUCAUUUUUGAAGAUUUAUGAGAGGAAGCUAUAAAAAUGAUGCGAUUAGCUGCUUCCUCUACAUAUUUUUCUUUUGAUGUUUGUGAAAAGUUGGAAGUUAGUUUUUAAUUUUAAUAACUUAUUUAUAACUGCCAUAUCUAUAGUUUUUUAAUACUAAAGGAAUUUUUACCAGUAUUAUUUUUUGUAGGAAAAAAAAGAAGUCCACGCAUUUCCAAAAUGUAAGGACUUCAUAAAAAAAAUGCUGUUUUUAAGUGUUUAAAAUUAUUUAUCUGCAUCCCUUUGAUGCUACUUUUUUUCAGAACUAUUUUUGUGUUGCUGUGGCUGUGGCCAUAGAUUUCAUAGUGAUGUGCUGAGAGAGGUCUGCUAAUAGUGACUGUCGUAACUAAGGCAAAAUAUAUAUAUAUAUAUAUAUACAGGAAAAAAAGAUAUUUUUUUAGUAUCUAUGAAACCCACCGACAUUAUGAUUGCUUUGACAUUAGCCUGUGAUAAUUUCCUAACCUUCUGUUGUGAUGCUAAUGGUAAGCUCUACCUCCUGUUAAUGUAUCAUAUGUCAAACUAGUCUCCUUAUAUUUUAGAUAUAUUUAAUUGAAAAUUUAUUUAUCAUAGCCACAUUUCAAUGUCUGUGUCAUCCCAUAACCAAAACUUUGUAAUUAUUUUCAAUUUUGUUUAACAUGCAUAACAGUGUUUGAUUUCAAAAAUUUAUUUAUAAAGUAAUAUUUGCAAGCAAACCUUCUCCACUACUAAACAUAUAGAUGUAAGUAGUGCCAAAAGCUUUUCUGCUAAUGAUAAUAUAUUUAGAUUUCCUAAGAUUAGAAAAAUUUAUUUUUCCUGAUUUAAAAGUCUGCAGCAUGGUUAUUAAAAUUUUAAAAAAAAUUGUUGAUUAGUUUUGCAGUCACAGUCAGUUUGUUUAAAUUUUUGUAUGAUCUCCUUCCUCUCUUUUUUAAACAUUUGAUUUAAUAUAUUUAGAUUUCCUAAGAUUAGAAAAAUUUAUUUUUCCUGAUUUAAAAGUCUGCAGCAUGGUUAUUAAAAUUUAAAAAAAAAAUUGUUGAUUAGUUUUGCAGUCACAGUCAGUUUGUUUAAAUUUUUGUAUGAUCUCCUUCCUCUCUUUUUUAAACAUUUGAUUUUAAUUUUUAGACCUCUGAUUUUAGGCCUACUCAAACAUUUUUUAUAUAUAUGCCACAAAUUUAAAGAGUCAGAAUUAAAAAUAUAUUUAUUAAUGUUGUAUGCAGACUGACUAUUAACUCUGAGAUAAAAUUACUGUCAAUGCUUAAAUUUUAUUUUGUUUCAGAUGAUUUAUUUUUUAUAUUUUUUUUUAUUUAUUUUCUAGCCUAUAUAAAUUAUAUUAAGUUUUGGAGUAUUAAUUAAGUCAAUUACAUUUUUGAAAAAAGUUUAACAUUAUUUAUUUACUUACUUUUUACUUAUUUAUUGUAAAUUUGAUUUAAUAAUUAGUUGUUUGUUAUACUUGUUUGAUUUUUAUAUAUGUUUGAAAUUUAUAAGAGUUUAAUUAUAUUUUGUUUUUUUAAAGUCAUAUUAGCUUGUGUUCCUUUUGCCCUCAAGUGAUAAAAAUAUAGGAUAUGAAAUAUUUCUUAUGAAUGUAUUCUUGGCUGAGUUCUGUGUAUUAGGUAUAAUGAUUUAUUAAUGCUUUGUUAAGUAUUGAUUUUCAUGACUUAAUUAAAUAAACUGAUUUUCAAAAUAUAGUCUUUUCUAUAAGGGUUGAUGUGAUUUUUAACACCAGUUUACAAUUUUCAUCUUAUUUAUAAUUAGUUUUAAAUUUUUAAUUUUUGCAAAUUGCAUCAAAUAGUAUGAAUUAAAUCAUACAUCCUUGAUUGUAAAACUAUGCCUGAGCUGUAAUUUAUUUCUAUUUCAUCCAUAUGUUGCAAAAUCCAAUUCCUAUCCAAUUAAAAAAAUGAAGAAAGAAAUUCAGUAAAUGCAAGCAGUAGUAAUACAUUUUAAUUUUAUUUAAAAACGAAUGAUAAAAUGAUCAGAUUUUUUAAUGUAAUUUUAUAGCAGUAAUAUUUUCUUUAAAAAUGGUAUUGAAUUGCCUGGGUUACGAUCAGUUUCACAUGUUCCCAGACUUAUCAUUAGAAUGUGGGAGAGUUUGGAGAUUUCUUGAGUAAAAUUACAUUGUUGCUGAUAUUAAAAACCAAGUUGUUGCUGGUUUUUUGAAAAUAUGAGUGAAUAAUCAUAUUUUUGUUCAAAGUGACUUUUCAAUUGUAUGAUACAGUUUUGUAAAAUGUUAUAAUUUAUUUCAAGUUUUUGGUACUUCUGUGUUUUUGCCGUCUGAGGCAUAUUAGUUUCAAGAUUUUUCAUGUUUGUAUUAUUAAUAUUUAAUAUCACUCGACUACAUGUCUUUUCAUGAUCUUUGUGUAACAGGUUAUUUCUGGUAGUUCUAAUAAAAGCACAGCAAAACUUUCAA